AUGGUUCUUCAAAGACGAGAAACUGAUGAAGAACAAGAAAUGAUUACUGUUUUUACUAACUACAAGAGCAAGGAAAAGUCUAUCAUAGAAAAAAUUAUUACUUUCUAUCAAUUUCUCAAAGAUGAAGACUUUAUUAACUUCGCACAUCAUUUACAGAUCGCUUGUGAUAUAUGCCAUCAACAAUCAUUCGAACUUAUUGAACUUAUUAGGGAUAUUUUCGCAAAUAUUUCUCAACAAAAUAAAGAUUCUCUCAAAAAUGCAUUACAGACUACAUUUCGAGAAAGUUUCUUCGAAACAUCCGGAUACUACCGUGUAUCAACAUUCUCUGGAUUACUUUGUCGAAAUAAUUUUAUAUCCCAGCAAUAUGUUCUUGAUGCAUUCAUGGAAUUCUUGAACAAAGAGGAAGUAACAACAACUCAACGUAACGAGAUGUAUAUAAUACAAGUUCUUUUUUGGUGUGGAGAUAUUUUGAACCAAUUUAAUCGAAAAGUCACUUCAAAAAUCCUUAAAAGACUUGAAAGAAGAGGAUACCCAGUUCACUCCAUAUUCAAAAACAAUUUCCAAAUCUCUCACGACAUAAAUACUGAAGGAUUAAAUCCAUUUACAGAUUACUACUGCUUCAAGUACGAUGACGUAUCAUAUCUUCAAAAGCAAGCAUCAAGCCCUAACUUUGAUGUCAACAGAAAUUACGAAGUCCCAAUUUGGGAAUUAGAUCUGAUCAGAUACAGAGAAGUUCCGCUUAUUUCAGCUGCUGCAUUUUAUGGAGCUGAAAAAUGCUUCAGAUACUUACAACUUACGGGCGCAAGUAUAAUUACGCAAAAUGACAUCCAAGCUGGCCAAUUUAGACCAGGUCCAGUAGCUCUUGCAGCCAUGGCAAGGAUGAGUAAGAACCAGGAUAUACCAGAUAAGGAAUAUCUAUAUUCUUACUCGAAUAAAAUUUUCAAAAUCUUUUUCCAACGCUAUCAAUCCAAUUUUGCGUUCAUUCGUGAUCAUCCUGGACCUGCAGAAUUUGCAAUUGCUGGAAAUAACAUCAAAAUCCUCCAUACAAUACUUCAAGAUAACGAUGAUGCUUUAAGAUAUCCUCUGAUCAUGGCAGCGGCCUAUAACAGGGUCAUAGAGUUCGAUUGGCUUCGUACAAGGUCAACCAUUGAGAAGGAAACCCAAGAAAACUUGAUUACUUUCUUAGUUUUAAAUGAUAACGAGAUCAUGUUCAGAAAACUUAUCAGAGAAGACUUAUUAAACACAGAAACAUCAUCUCUUUAUAUAAUGCAAUCUUCCAGAUGCGCAAUGGAACUUCUUUCUCGUUAUAAUUCUUCAUUAGGAAAUUACUUCCAAUACAGACAAAUUGCAGUAUUCAACUCUGAUAUAAACCAAAAGAAGAAUCCAAUUAUAGAGCAAAUAUCUAAUAAAGCUACUCCAGCAAUUACAAAUGAGAAGAAUCUUGAUACUUUGAAGAUGCUUUUGAACAAACGAGAAAUUGACGUUGACCAGAAUGCAUCAUUCUGUGAUCCGGCUUUAAACUCUCCAAAUGAUAACAUUCCUGAUGAAUGCGCAAAAGAAUUGUUAUUAUCUGACGAUGUGGCGGUUUUCUUCGAUAAAGUAGGAAGAGAUUACAUCAUUGAGCUUAUACAAUCAAACAAAUUCUCAAUUGUUGAAUGGGCUCUUCAACAAGAAAAAAUUAUUAAAAAGUAUAAGAUGGAACAGCUCAUUGCUAACUCUAAUAGCUUAGAAAUGAAAAACCUUAUUAAGAAAUGCUUCAAUAAGUAA